UUAAACACUAACCUUCACCUGUAUCUAUUUCUACUAUUUAUCUUGCUACUAUACCAUCUAUACCAUCUGUUCUUCUUGUUUUGUCUACUUCUGGUUACACUUCUUCACCCAACAUCACACCCAACAUCUUAAACAUGAUGCCAUCAUUAUCUAGCUAGUUAAUUUAUUGGUACCCAGGAGCAAGUUGUACAUAUUCUUUGAUAAAUUAACAGCCAGACUUUUAUUGGCCUUUUGAUCUAAAAUUUAAGGUGAUGUUGCAGUGUGGGGUGGUGUCACAAUGUGGCACAAUGAUAGCUCAAUUAACUUCCUUGGUUUGAUAAAUCUCAUUGAAGUCAUGAUUUUAAGGCAAUAUUGUCGUGGUGUUUGGCAUCACUUACAACAUUUCUAUCUUUCUACAAAUGUUUUGUUGCUGAUAUUUGUGAUCUAUCUUUAUGGUUGGCAGCUGCAGCAAGACAAUAAGCCACACCUACUUGACACAGAGCAAUUUCUGAAAUUUGUGAAGUUGGAUGAAAGGAACAGUUUGAAUAAAAGUAUGACAUUAAAGCAGCACUAAUCAGAAUCAUUCAUUGUGGAUGUUUGGGAGCUUCUAACUUAUGUGUAAAUGAACAGACACGACAGCAAGCAGACAAUAGGUGGCAACAUUGCUGAUAUGAGUGGACAAGCAACUGGUAGUGUUAGUUGUCUUGGCAUUGCGUAUGCAACUGUCACUAUUGCAGUCUGUGGAUGUGGACUGCAUUGCAAACAAGGGAGAACCGGGUGUCCCCGGAGUGCCGGGUCCUCCAGGAAGACAGGGACCAGUAGGAAAGGAAGGAGCACCAGGAAUUGCAGGCGGCACCGGCUUGAAGGGUGAGGUAGGAGCUGAAGGUGCAGUCGGUCCACCAGGCAAACAAGGAGUACAAGGUGUGUUGGGUCCAGCAGGUCCACUCGGACCUCAAGGCCCUCCAGGGAAAAGUGUGGUGGGUCCACCAGGACCCAGAGGUCCUCCAGGAGUGACGGGACAUGGAGAGAAGGGAGAACGAGGAAUGUUGGGUCCAAGAGGAUUGGCUGGAUUAGAUGGCAUUCCGGGUGUUGCAGGUCCCAUCGGAGCCGUAGGAUCACGUGGACCAUUGGGAGUGAAGGGUGAUCGUGGAUUACCCGGAGCAAAGGGAGAAGCCGGACCACAAGGUCGUCCUGGUGCAGAGAUGAGUGAAGAUGUGUUGAAAGUGUAUUUUUCUCCAGUCAAGGGACUGGCAGAGAGGAUGAAACAACUGGAGGAUUGGAAAGAAGAGUGGACAAAGAAUGAGAGUAGAAUGAAUGAGAGUAGAGUGACUGUUGCAGCACAUCUUGUAGGAUUGUCAAGCAGUUGGCAUUCUAUAUCAGGUGUGAUAACCUACUGGCAAACAAGCAGUCCAUCAUUCUUACUGGGUGGCAUCACAUACAGCAGUGGAGCUCUUACUAUUCCAUCUGAUGGUGUUUACUAUAUUUAUACACAUCUCUACUUGUAUCAAAGUGGCAAUUAUAUUCAACCUUACAUCAGAGUAAAUGGCAAUCUUGUUUUGUACAUCCGGAGUUACCAUGCUCAUAGUGAAGAGAAAACCAAGCAUGCUGGUCUACUUCAGCAGCUGAAAAAAGGUGACAGUGUGGACAUACAUGGUGGAGGAUAUCGACACCACAUGACCUCUACUUAUUCAGUUUUUGGUAUUUUUAAGAUCCACUAGAAGCAUGUUGUUGAAAAUGAAAAUGUCAAAUAAUUAAUUUAGUGAUAAGUGUGAGUGUCAAUAACUUCAUGUGAUCAUGUGAUCAUGUUAGUAAUUGUAGUUGUGACUGUUUAUGUUGGACUGUAGUGUGACCAUUCAAUCCUAAUUUGUGUUUGUUGUUUUGUUUCUAUAUUGUUAGCAAUAAAUGUCCAUCUCUUU